AUGACUGUAACUAUCUAUCUAUCUAUCUAUCUAUCUAUCUAUCUAUCUAUCCAUACAAGGAACAUGGAUCGGCCAAGCUCACUUGGUCGACUAAGAAGAGGAUAUCAAUUUGGAGUUUACCUCAGAAAAGAAUUGAUUUUGAAAGGGACGAUAUGGAUAAUUUAUUUGUUACAGUUAACAACAGCUUUAGAUCCCCGAAACCGUAUAAUUUCUGGUUGUUAUGGAGAUAGCAUCACUAUAUCUUGUCAAGAUUCUGAUGAGAUCAUUAUCGUCAAUAGCCUUAAAGUUGGCAGCAAACCGUUACGUUUAAAUUGCAGUGUAGAUCCAAAACCCAGUGAUUGCUGCUCAAUGGACAGCGACAAUGAUUGCAUUUUCGACUAUGAGAGCAAAGUGUCUUCGGAUAAACAUGAAUUUCGUUUAUGCCAAGGGAAAAAGCGGGAAUGUCCCAUGAAAGUAAUAUGGGCACAGAACGACGGAAAAUGUUCCAGCAGUAAAUACGAACGGACUACAAAUUACAUGGUGGCUAAUUAUACAUGCGCAAAAAAUAACAACGUGGUGGAUAUGUGUGGACCAUCGGGGUCUUCGUCAAUCAUUUCCGAUACGACUAUUCAUCUACGGAAUUAUCUUUAUCCAAACUUUGUUCAAAACAGCAGGAACUGUUUGUGCAACAUCACUACAUUGAAUAACCAAAAAUCACAUACACUUCGAGUGAAGGCUGUUGAUGUGCUUUUUAAUUGCAGUCAAUCUUUGGCCUUCUCCGACCAAACAAUCCUCAAGAAAGUCACGUGCGAAAAGGCUUUGUACGGUCUUUCCACCAUUUAUGCAUCAAAAGGCACCAAGCCAGAAAUCCACAUGAGGUACCAAACAGCAAAUGAAAGUAGUAUUUUCCUAUGGGUAGAGGUAUCAGUUGACGAACCUGAAAAUAAUAGAAUCCAAGUGACAUGCCGGAACAUGAGCGAGGAAUACCGGAUGCCUGUUGAACUAAGUGAAACGACUGACUCCGACGGCACCACAAGUAAAGGUACAGCUAGCACUAUUCAUACGGCUACUCAGCAAGUAUCAACAUCAGCAUUAUCUUCAUCAUCAUAUUUGGAAGAGAAAGGGGGGAUAUCUAUAAAUGACCCUAAACUCAUUGGUGGCGUCACUGCCGGUCUCCUACUCGUCGCAACGCUCGUCAUUGUCCUGAUUUUUGUUUGGAAACGAAAACGAAAUGGAAGUGGAGGUGCCCAGCCACUAAGAUACUCCACAGACACAAAUCCUUAUGAUAACUUCAGCGACAAUCCAGCAUUUGAAGAAGCUAUCUACGACACAAUACCAGAUAACCUGGGAAGUUCUGGGAAGGUAGCACUAUCAGAUAAUACCCAGACUGAUAGCGUACAGAAUCAUGCUUAUGAAAGCCUGAAGAGAAACGGCAAUAGCCAAUUUCCGAAUAAAAAGGAGGGGAUGCAUGGCAGUGCAAGUGGUAGUGAUACGUCUUUACCGAAAGAACCUGCUCCUUUGCCCCCGACCCCUGAUCUUUUUAGACGGUUACCUUCUCUUCCAAAAGAAGAAAGCAACACACCAAACAAAGUAACAUCACCAGAAACAUUCAAUGUUAUCGAUGAGACUGAAAGUGCUCGGACUUCCACGCAAACCAUCUUAGAAACGCUUACUGCUUCAGAUCCCGACUUAUCAUCAAGAGAGUCGAUACCUAAUGUCAUUUAUUCUUUGUCAAAAUCAGACCCAAUGAGUAAACAAACUGAACCCAAGGUAAUAGAAAUCGAUGAAAACGACACUAAAGAAAAAUUCAAAGGACCCCUACUACACACUGAGAACCCACAGAUGGACGCUGAUGCUGAGAAUAAAACGUCAGCGGCAGGGAGUGCCUCUUCAUCGAGAAGCGGUACGGAGAAAGUUCUUCCAGGUCCUGCCAUUUACCAUGACACUGAAUAA